AUGGCGGCUGUCGCUCUACCUAAGCAAGAGACGGGCCCGUGGCGGAAGAACCUCUCGGCACAUGUGCUGUGUCCCGAAUGCAAGGAGGACCCCCCAAACCUGGAGUUUCCUGAUUCCCAUGAGACUGUGUGCGGCUCCUGUGGACUGGUUCUAGCAGACCGGGAGAUUGACAUGCACUCAGAAUGGCGAACAUUCUCCAACGACGAUCAGAACAACGACGACCCUUCCCGUGUCGGAGAUGCUUCGAACCCGCUGCUGAAUGGCGAUCAGCUCGAGACACAAAUCGCGACUGGGGGUUCGGGUCGGGUUCGCGAGCUAUACCGCGCUCAGAACAAAAUCUCUAGUGAAAAGGCGAACAAGUCGCUACUUGCAGCAUACAAGGAGAUUGGUGCAUUAUGCGACGGCUUUAACAUUCAGAAGAAUGUGGCUGACACGGCCAAGUAUCUGUUUAAGAUCGUCGACGAUGCUAAGGCAUUUAAGGGCAAGUCGCAAGAUGUGAUAAUUGCGGGGUGCAUUUUUAUUGCUUGCCGUCAAUGCAAGGUGCCUCGUACCUUUACUGAGAUUUUUGCGGUAACCAAGGUCUCGAGGAAGGAAAUUGGUCGCAUCUACAAGGCGCUGGAGAAAUUCUUUACCGCUCAAAAUGUGGAAAGGCAUAAUGCAGUUGUGUCGAAUGGAGGCGUCCCAGAUCCAAACGAUACAUACACCGCAACGACAUCUACCAAGCCCAGCGACCUUUGCAAUCGUUUCUGCAACCUCCUCGAUUUGCCAUUUCAAGUCACCAGUGUCUCUGCUGCGUUGUCAGACCGUGUUACUACGAUGGGUGAUCUUGCUGGGCGAUCCCCAUUGUCGAUUGUGGCAGCCUGUAUAUAUAUGGCAUCAUAUCUGAUGGGCCACGGCAAAACAGCCAAGGAGAUCUCGCAAGUAGCACACGUCAGCGAUGGGACGAUUCGUGGCGCCUACAAGCAACUCUAUGCUGAGAGAGAACGCCUGAUUGAUCCGGAAUGGAUCAAGGAUGGCAAGGGUGACAUGAAAAAGCUGCCAGCUAGCUGA